CAACCACACGAUAAUUAUUCUUCAAUAUGAAUUCAACUGGCACAAUUGUUCUCCUCGCCUUCCUCUUCGCUGUGGUUACUGCCGCUCCACAGCCUAACCAGGGAAGAUCCGAGGACCCUGAGCCUGUCGUUAGUGUGACGACAUGUGGCGGUCAUGUAAACGCCUCAUCUGCCUCGAUCGAGUUUCAACUUGGCGGAUCAAUCCGUGCCGAUAUGAGAUGCGUCUGGAUUGUGCGGGCGCCUUACGCCGAGCAAAGAUUCAACCUGAUUUCUUCCGGUCUUAAACAAACGGACGGCAUUUACAUUACCCCAGUCUCCUUUCGUGGGCUUGGAAACUCCGAAAAAUUAUCUACGCUUGGUCAGAACGUAACUCUACACUCAAGAAGCGUGAUGAUCACCUUGAUCGUUGGACACGCGCCAACGUUUGGGUUCAAGAUGGAAUAUUAUUCGAGCGGUACCUCAGUGAGUCCAGAUAUUACUAGCCACGCAAUCUUGACUACGGCGAAGGGAAAUGUGACCUAUCCCAGUAACGGCGGAGAUUAUGGGAAUUUGGAAAACGUCCUGUUUCCUAUCGCCCCAAGUGUCCCGGGACAGCCGACCCUUCGCUUUACUAGGGUGGAUAUUGAGACUGGUUCUUCCUGCCAAUUUGACUACGUAAAGAUUUAUAAUUGGUUUGAUGGCAAUUAUCUCCAAGUCGCGAUAUUUUGUGGGACUACAAUUCCAGUCAGUGUAACGUUCCAAGAUGGCGCGGGCGUAGUCUUCUUUUCAUCAGAUUCUAGCUUUACCAGGGCUGGAUUCGACUUCCAAUAUGAGUAACGUAUUCAAUAAAAAUCAUGAAAAUAUUGUUGAUUUAACUUUUUGUAUAAGAGGAACAAAUUAAAAAUUAUAUUUAUAUGGGAUUAAUAAAGAUUUUUAUA